AUGGCUGUUGGGACAAUUGUCUGUGCUUCACUUUGGUCAGAGUUUACCGCCUAUGAGCAAAGUGAUGAGCGAUAUAAUGAAUUGUCGCCAAAGAUGAAAUCCCCCACGUCAUGCCCUCUAUUUCCAAGGCAUGACAUGGAUGGAAGAAGGAAAUCGCUGGGACCAGCUCACCUCCGCUUAUCUGACCCAAGGACUAAGAAGGCUGUUGAACUUAACUAA